AUCGAUAGUGAUGGUGAUGAUGAAAUCGAAUGUUUUUUGAUUUUUUGAAUUUUCUUGCAAAAAUUGUCCAAAAUUGAUUGAUUGAACGUGCAAUGGGGGAUCGUAAUCGAAUCGUUGUAUUGAUUGAUAUGGAUUGUUUUUAUGUUCAAUGUGAACAACGUUUAGAAUCGGAUAAAUGGUUAAAACCUUGUGUUGUUGCUCAAUAUAAUAAUUGGCAAGGUGGUGGAAUUAUAGCGGUUAAUUAUGAAGCACGUGCCUAUGGUAUUAAACGCGGUAUGAUGGGUGAUCAAGCAAAAAAACUAUGUCCAGAAUUGCAUAUUUUUCGUGUUCCCGAUGAAAAUGGUAAAGCUAAAUUGGAUAAAUAUCGUGAUGCCAGUGCAGAAGUUUUUCAAGUGAUUUCUGAUUUUAUUGAAGAACAAGAAAAAUCAAUGGAUCUAAAUAAUCUAGUCAUUUUGGAACGUGCAUCGGUUGAUGAAGCAUUUCUUGAUUUAACCAAAUUAAUCGAUGCAAAACCAUUAAUGUUACCUGAACUUGAAGAUCUGACCAACUUCAAUACAAAACUUGAAUUCAAUAAUCAAUCAUUGAAUGAUUGGUUUGAUCAAUUUGAACAUCACAAUAUUGAUAAUCGACAACAACAAGAUAAUAUUCGUUUGAUUAUGGCUUCCAUGUUUGUUGGCCAAUUAAGGCAACAGAUAUUUGAAAAAACAGAAUUUAAAUGUUCGGCUGGUAUUAGUCAUAAUAAAAUGUUAUCGAAAUUGGCUUGUGGCCUUAACAAACCAAAUGCACAAACUAUAUUACCAAUGAUUGCUGUAUCAUCAUUAUUCAAGCGAAUCGAUAUUGGUGAUGUACGAUUAUUGGGUGGAAAACUUGGCAAUCAAAUCAAGACAAUUUUCAAUAUACAAACAAUGUAUCAACUUAGCCAAGUGAAUCGAUUUACAUUGAAUGAAAAAUUUGAUAAUAAAACUGCUGAAUGGUUAAAUGAUUUAGCUAAUGGUUUGGAUAAUGAACCAGUAUCGGAUCGUCGAUUAACAAAAUCAAUUGGUUGUGGGAAAAAUUUUCGUGGAAAAAUGGCUUUAUGUAAACAAUCCGAUGUUAAUCAAUGGAUUAAUUCAUUACUAAAAGAACUUUAUGAACGAAUGAUGAAAGAUAAAGAAAUGAAUCAACGUUUAGCUAGAUUAAUGAUUGUCGGAUAUUAUACAGCUGGUAAAGGUCAUUGUCAUCGAUCAAUACCGAUCGAUAUUACAUUAGGUGAUUAUCCACCUGCCGAACGAAUAGCAUCCGAUAUAAUGCGACAAUUAUUUUCAAAACCAUUAAUAAUUAUACAAGAUCCAAUACAGAAUUUAUCAUUAGCAGCAACCAAAUUUUUGGAUACAACCAAAGCUAUUAUGUAUAGUACAGCAAAAAUUGAAAAAUUUUUUCAAAAAAUUGAUCGUAUUACAUUUAUUGGUCAACAACAACAACAACAACCAAAAUCUUCCAAAAAUCAUUCAACCAUCAAUCAACCACCGAUACAAUCAAAAAGUCCAAUAAAAAAAUCAAUCCAAAUGGUUGGGAAAAAAAGUCCAAUGAAAAAUAAAUCAAACAACAACAAUAAAUCAUCAACGACGGUACAAUCAAAUACAUUGGAUCGAUAUCUACAACAAUAUCAACGACAAUCAACAUCAAAAACCAAUAAUGAUGACAAAAUCGAUCUAAAUGAUCCACAUGUACGACAGAUAAAUCGUGAGAUGAAUCAAUUAUUGGAUUCAUUUUUCUUUAGUAAAAUUCUUUGUAUGUUAGAAAAUGGAACAUUGAAAAUUUGA